GCGUCUCUUUGCCAAGCAACUGUAGUUUUUUUUCCAUAAUGAAGAUCGUGACUUGGAACAUAAAUGGCAUACGGACCUUCAGAGGCGGUAUUAAAAAGGCUCUUGAUUCUCUGGACGCGGAUAUUAUCUGUGUGCAAGAGACAAAAGUGACAAGAGACUUGCUUGAUGAAAGAACUGCCAUUGUUGACGGCUACAACUCCUAUUUCAGCUUCAGUCGAGGACGCAGCGGUUAUUCAGGGGUUGCCACUUACUGUAAAGAUAGCGUCACUCCAUUUGCUGCGGAGGAGGGUCUCACAGGUCUGCUGACCAACCAUGAAGGGGCUGUUGGAUGUUAUGCGGACCGAACACAGUUCUGUAGUGAGGAGCUCCAGCUUUUGGAUAAUGAAGGACGAGCUGUUAUUACACAGCACAAAACCAUGUGCCAAGACAAAGAGCAAACAGUUACUGUAAUCAAUGUCUACUGUCCACGCGCUGACCCUGAAAAGCCAGAGCGGAAGCAGUUCAAACUUCAGUUCUAUGAGUUGCUUCAGUGUCGAGCUGAAGCCAUACUGAAGGAUGGGAGCCAUGUGAUCAUUUUAGGAGACGUAAACACAUCUCACCGGCAAAUUGAUCACUGUGAUCCCAGUGAUAUUGAGGACUUUGGCGAGAACCCUGGGAGGAAAUGGCUGAAUGGCUUUCUGCACGAUGACGGACAACGGGAGGAAAGGCAAGAUGACAAAACUGAUGAAGAACCUGAGGCAACGUCAACAGAACCCGUCCACUCUGGGAAGUUUGUGGACACCUUCAGAUAUUUCCACCCAACUCGCACCAACGCCUUCACGUGCUGGUCCACUCUCACUGGAGCAAGACAGACCAACUAUGGCACGCGCAUUGACUACAUAUUUGCAGAUUGCCAGCUGGCUGCCGAGCAGUUUGUGGCAGCGGACAUCAUGCCGGAGGUGGAGGGGUCCGACCACUGCCCUGUGUGGGGGAAACUGAGCUGCUCUCUUGUACCCAGCUCCAAGCCUCCACCCCUCUGCACUCGCUACCUGCCGGAAUUUGCUGGCAAGCAGCAGAAACUCUCCCGCUUUCUUGUAAAGGUUGACCAAAAAUCGAUUCAACCUGAGCCGAGGGAAGCAUUACCUGGAUCUCAAGAGGAGGAGGAGAGGAGGGAGAAUUUAAAGCCAAUCGACGCUGGUAAGAAACGGUUAUUGACAUCAGACGCUGCAGUUCCAAAAGGUAAAAAGGCUAAGACCGUCAAGGCAUCUUCAAAGCCACAGGGCAGCCUCCUCUCCUUUUUCAAACCCAAACUCACAAAUGUCUCCUCAACUGAAGCCUCUCGUGAAAAAUCACUCAGCCCGGAUGAAGUUGCCUCAUCGCCUAACUCCCAAAAAGUAUCCUCGACUAGUGAGGCAGUUUCCUCCGCCACAAGCACAGUACCUGAAGAUGUGCCUGAUGCUUCACAGCAGCAGUGCACUAAAGAGGAAAAUGACAAACGGAUGAAGAGGAAACAGUUAACCCCCGAGCCCUCUGUGGGUAAAACCGACUCCAAGAAAGGUGCAUCUUUAGUGUUCUGGAAGUCGGUUCUUCAUGGACCGCCCCCACCACCUGCCUGCAAAGUGCACGGGGAACCCUGCGUGCUCCGUACUGUGAAAAAAGAGGGGCCAAACAUGGGCAAACAGUUCUUCGUGUGCUGUCGUCCUCAGGGUCAUGCCUCCAACCCAGAGGCUCGUUGUAAUUUCUUUAUGUGGGUUGAGAAGGGGAAGUGACAUUUUUACUGUACGGACCAUGAUUCGAUUUUUUUUCUGACUCACCAGUUCAACCUCGAGCAUGUAUUUUAAGACUACUACAUGGAUGUCUCAUUAUUUCAUAAAUUUGUUUUGUUAACUAUGUUUCCUAGUUUUACAAUAAAAUACUGUAUAGUUUUCUAGUA